GGAGAAGUAUCUAUUUGUGCAGAGAGUCGUGAAGUUGACAGAGUGAGGACCGGUCCCAAGAGAGGCUUUGCGGUCCCCACCCCGGGACGCUCCACAGGGCUCGGGAAGAGAACAGCUCCGGCAGGUGUAGGGUGCACGCUGAAAUGCCGCGCUCCUUCCUGGUGAAGAGCAAGAAGGCCCACACCUACCACCAGCCCCGCGUGCGGGAGGAUGGCCCGCUCUGGCCUCCCGCUCUCCCGCCUGAGGCCCGGGACCAGGUCCUGGGCAGCGGCCCCGUCCUCAGCACCCUAUUCCCAAGCCAGUGUCUGGACUGGCCCAGCCUCAAACAGGAGCCGGCGCUGGAGCAGGACCAGAGCUUGGCCAGGACCUCAGCACCAGAGGUCCCCACUGUGAUGUCCCGACCCCAGGAUGGGGACUCGCCACUCUCUGACUCACCCCCGUUCUACAAGCCCAGCAUCUCCUGGGACACCCUGGCCUCGUCCUAUGGCCACAGCUACCGGCAGGCCCCCUCCACCAUGCAGUCAGCCUUCCUGGAGCGCUCCGUUAGCCUGUACGGCAGCCCCCUGGUGCCCAGCGCCGAGCCCUCCUUGGACUUUACCCUCCGCUACUCCCCGGGCAUGGAGGCAUACCACUGUGUCAAGUGCAACAAGGUGUUCUCCACCCCUCACGGGCUCGAAGUGCACGUACGCCGCUCCCACAGCGGGACCCGGCCCUUCGCAUGUGACAUCUGUGGCAAAACCUUUGGUCACGCUGUGAGCUUGGAGCAGCACACGCACGUCCACUCCCAGGGGAUCCCGGCCGGGUCCAGUCCUGCGCCCAGCUUGGCACUCCCGGGGCGUGAGGCCCCGCCUGCACCUGACCCCCCAGGGCCUCGUUUCCUCCGGCAGGAGCGCAGCUUCCAGUGCCGCAUGUGCGGCAAGGCCUUCAAGCGCUCGUCCACCCUGAGCACCCACCUGCUCAUCCACUCGGACACGCGGCCCUACCCCUGCCAGUUCUGCGGCAAGCGCUUCCACCAGAAGUCGGACAUGAAGAAGCACACCUACAUCCACACCGGUGAGAAACCACACAAGUGCCAGGUGUGCGGGAAGGCCUUUAGCCAGAGCUCCAACCUCAUCACGCACAGCCGCAAGCACACGGGCUUCAAGCCCUUCAGCUGUGAGCUGUGUACCAAGGGCUUCCAGCGCAAGGUGGACCUGCGGCGGCACCGUGAGAGCCAGCACAAUCUCAAGUGAGGCUGUGCCAGCUCCUGGCACCUGCCCAGGCUGCCCUGAGGUCCUGUCACCCGGAGGCCAGACUCACGCACCCAGAUCACCAGUGUCCUGGAGAUGGCACUGGAAAGGAAUCUUUAAGUUUAUGUUGAGACUCAUGAAAUUGCUGUGUGACUUUGGGCAAGUCACUUUCCCUCUCUGGCUCAACAUUUCUCCUGCCACAAAGUGCAGGAGUUGGGCUGGAUCUUCUGAGCUGAAGCUGCCUACAGCUGUGCUCAGGUGCUUGCUUCUAGCCGAGCACAGAAAGCGGGAAUACCCCCAGGCAGAUGGGGAUGCCAUGAGUAGACCAGAGUGGGGCCCCACGGAGACAUCCUCCCCUGUCUGUUGCCCACUGGGCUGGGAUCUGGUCACCUUGGAUUUCCCUGGGCCUCUUUCUGGCUGUGAUGGACCGUCAGAGCUGCCUGCUGCCCAGCAGGAGGGGUGGCGUCCCUCUGCUGCAGCCGGCUGUGUUGCUGCCCCCACCUCUGCCCGGCGCUCAGCUGGCCACAGGGAUUCCAGCGCUGCGGUCAGGCCACGGGUCUGCAGAAACCAGCAGUUACUGAUGUCAAAGCCUGUUCCUCUCAGUUGCUGUAACUGGAAAUAAAGACAGAUUUG